AUGGCGCCCCCAGCAGCGAUCGAGACCGAAGCUGUCACCGACACCUCGGCCAUCGUGCUUCCUAACCCGCUGGCGGCUCCCUUGAAGAUCAAUGAGCUCUAUGGCAGACGGAAGAUGCCGCUUAAGAGCCAGUGGGGCGUCGCGGCUGUGUCGAACAGUGAGAUGUUUAAAUUGAGACCGCAGGAGGGGAAGCUGAAGGCGAAGAAUUGGGAUUACCGCCUGAGCCAAGAAGCUCUCUCCCGGAAAGGCAAUUCCCUAAAGCAAGCCGCCAAGUUUCUCGCAACACCGGGCCUUAUCUCCCUCGGUGGUGGCAUCCCAGCCAGCGACUACUUCCCCUUCGACUCUCUCACGCUCAAAGUCCCCCGCGUCGGCCACUUCUCCGAAGCCGAAGCCCACGCCUCGGGCAUGAUACUCGAGUCCGGCAAGCACGACCAACUCGAGGACAAAAGCAUCCUCGACAUCGCCACCGCCUUCAACUACGGGCAAGGCACCGGCACCGCGCAGCUGCUGCGCUGGGUCACCGAGCACACUGAACUCGUCCACGACCCGCCGUACCAGGACUGGGCGUGCACUCUAACCGUCGGCAGCACGUCUGCGCUAGACAUGGCCUUCCGGAUGUUCACCGAGAAAGGCGACUACGUUCUCUCGGAAGAAUACACCUUCGCGACCGCGGUCGAGACCGCGGCGCCCAUGGGCGUCAAAGUCGCGGGCGUGAAGAUGGACGCGCAGGGCCUGCUCCCAGACUCCAUGGACGAGAUCCUGACCAACUGGGACGCCGACGCCCGAGGCGCCCGCAAACCCACAGUCCUGUACACGGUCCCGACAGGCCAAAACCCGACAGGCGCGACGCAGGGCCACGCGCGCCGCCGGGCCAUCUACGCCGUGGCGCAGAAGCACGACCUCUACAUCCUGGAAGACGAGCCCUACUACUUCCUGCAGAUGGACCCCUACACCGGCCCCGACGCACCCCCGGCGCCAACGCCCGCGACGCACGAAGAGUUCCUCGCGAACCUGGUGCCGAGCCUGCUCUCCAUGGACGUCGACGGGCGCGUCCUGCGCAUGGACUCCUUCUCCAAAGUCGUCUCGCCCGGCAGCCGCGUGGGCUGGAUCACGGCCUCGGAGCCCAUCGUGCGGCGGUACUACAUGCACGCGGACGUCAGCACGCAGGGCCCGAGCGGCAUGAGCCAGCUGCUGCUGUUCAAGCUGCUGGAUGAAGGAUGGGGCCACCCGGGGUACCUGGACUGGCUGAUGCACAUACGCACGUCGUACACGAAGCGGCGCGACGUCAUUCUCGCGGCGUGCGAGACGCACCUCCCCAAGGAGGUCGUGAGCUGGGUCCCGCCGAUGGCGGGAAUGUUUCAUUGGUUGCAGAUUAAGUAUGAGAAGCACCCGGGGUAUCCGGCGAAGAGCAUCACAGAGCUGGAAGAUGAGAUCUUUAUGCGCAAUGUCGGGAACGGGGUGCUCAUGAUGAAGGGGAGUUGGUUCUACGCCAGCAGUGAGGAGCGGCAUGAUACGCUGUUCUUCCGCGCGACCUUUGCGGCGGCGCCGUUUGGGAGGAUUCAGGAGGCGAUCAGGCGGUUUGGAAAAACGCUGAGGGAGAGCUUUGGGCUUGAGAUGGUGGAGGAUGGGGUGGGUGGGGUGGGUGGGGUUGUGAGCAAUGGGGCUGGGGGCAAGGAGAACAUGGCGCUUAGCCAGCACGGUGCAAACGGCCACGCUACCAAUGGCCACACCCAGAAGCCGGUCUGA